UUUUGGUAUCAAACUAUUGCAUUUUUUUCCCUCUCUAAAUCUAAAUCUCUCCCUCUGGUUCUUUCGACCUCUUCAUCUCCAUUGCAGCCAUGUCGAGAAAAAAACAUUUCGCUAGAAGGAGCGGAGGUGUCCCCGGUCAACAACCACCUAGUUCAAGUUCUCAGCCGCAGGCGGCUCAGAGGAAGCCGUAUAGACAUAAGCCAGGAACAGUGGCACUUAAAGAGAUACGGAAAUUUCAGAAGAGUUUUGAUCUUUUAUUGCCAAGAGCCCCUUUUAUUAGAAUUGUGAAAGAGAUCACCAACAAUUUUAGCAAAGAUGUUGAUCGUUGGCAAGCAGAAGCUUUAACCGCACUUCAGGAGGCAGCUGAAGCUUUUCUGAUUCACCAGUUUGAAGAUACUCAGCUUUGCGCGAUCCAUGCAAAGCGUGUGACAAUCAUGCAAAAAGAUUGGCAGCUAGCAAGAAGGCUUGGUGGGAGAGGUCGGCAAUGGUGAGAGAGCUGCAUUAGCCCCAGUCUAACAGACUUAACACCUGUGUAGUUUUCAAGAGCUGAAAUUAGUAUCUAUAAAUAGUUUUGUCCAUAUAUUCUAGGGGUGUAGUUUUUGGUUCACAUACAACAUUUUAUAGAUCAAUUGAGUUGAUGUUUUCACUUGUAAAAAACAUACUAGUUUAGUUUCAACUUUCAACUUACUGCUCAGGAUUCAACAUUCAA